UCUACGCAACAUAUAUCCCACUCGAUAUAUAUCGAAAAAUUCUCAAGUUGUCCGUUUUCUUUUAUGACUGUUUAUUGAAUCAUUCAAAAAAUUUAUCAUGCAUUUGCUGUCGUUUAUGGUCGUUUUUGGUCGUUUUAGUGCAAUCCUAGCAAAGGUGAUCCCUCAGUUAAGCACUCUCUUGAAGAGAAUAAUAUGGACCAUCUGGUCGAAGACCGAAUUCAAUUCUGACAUCAUUGUUAACACGCCGGAGAUGAUAAGAAAAGCUGGGUAUCCCGUGGAAACUCACGUUAUAAAGACGGAGGACGGUUAUCUCUUGACAUUACAUCGUAUUCCAGGUGGCAAUGAUUCUUUACCCGUGCUACUGUUGCACGGUUUUACAUCCAACUCCUCUAAGUGGCUUAUUCCUGGCAAAGACAAAGCAUUCCCUUAUCUACUAGCAAAUCAGGGAUACGAUGUUUGGUUGGGGAAUUUUCGUGGUACUACAUACUCGAAGGCACAUAUUUCCCUGUCUCCGUCGAAUCCGGCAUUUUGGGAUUUCAGCUUUCACGAAAUAGGCAUCUAUGAUGUAUCCGCGAUGGUUACAUUUAUUACAAACUUGAGAUCCCAACCAUUGCACACAUGUAUUGGUCAUUCUAUGGGCACAACGUGUUUUUACAUAAUGGCAUCAGAGCGUCCAGAAAUCGCUCGAAUGGUGAAAAUGAUGAUCAACUUCGGACCGGUGGUCUUUCUAAAUCAUAUGCAAAGUCCGAUACGAUUCUUGGUUCCCAUCAGAAGAAUGAUUAAAAUAUUGCGAUUGUUUUUCCACGGCGAAUUUCUCCAGAGCGAUUUUGUGAGAUUUCUUUUGAAAAAUAUCUGCGACCAAAACAUCGCCGGAAAGAUCUGUUACAAUAUAAUGUCUGUAAUAUGGGGUGAUGAUCGCGAACAAUUUAAUUACACCUUGCAACCCAUCAUCUUAAGUGAUUUCCUGGACGGCGUCUCGGUUAAGGCAAUGGAACACUAUGUUCAAGAAAUCCAUUCGGGCAAGUUUCGCAAGUAUGAUUACGGUCGCGCGAGAAAUCAAUUGAUAUAUAAUUCGGCUGAACCUCCGGACUACAAUCUGGCAAAUAUUACGAUACCUAGCGCAUUAUUCUAUGGUUCUGGCGACUUGUUAGUUAAUAUCGUCGAUGUGAAAAGAUUAUACCGCAUACUUCCCAAUGUUGUGGACAUGUACGAAGUGCCGUGGCCCAAAUUCAAUCAUCUGGAUUUUAUAUGGGCUAAGGAUGCGCCCAAACUCGUGUAUGAGAGAGCAUUCAAGCUUAUGAAGAAUACAAAUUUAAACAAUGUUAUAUCGAUAGGAUAA